ACGUGAUCCGGUGUCAUGUCGUCGCUACAUCGUCGUGUGCAGAAGGAUGAGGAGGAAGAUGCAGACGUCCUGAAGCUAGGAUCAGAGUUCAACAACGCAGGUUGCUUAUUGAUCUCAGAAGUAAAAAGCUUGCUCGAAUUGCGGGCCACUCAGCCGCCAGACAACCAGGUCUAUGCAAAGACCGUUCGCUAUGUGAACGACUUUUCCAAGUUUGGCAGUCGUGACACCAUACUUGCCCUUCGAGAGAUAUUUAAGCAGCAGCCGGACUUGACUCAGUUUGAAGUGGCUCAAAUAGCCAACUUGUGUCCUGCUGAUAUCGAAGAAGCUAGGAAUUGCAUUCCAAGUCUGUUGAAAAUAGAGGACGAUAAACUGCAGGCCCUGCUGGAUGAGGUACAAGCUUUGAGGAAGUUCCAAUGAUUCUGACAUCUAAGAUGAUUGCGCAUGUUGAGUACGUUUCGACGAAC